AUGCCCGUAUUCUUGGGAUUCGUGCUUGGUUUCCAACACGCCUUAGCCAUGUUGGCUGGUGUCGUUACUCCCCCAAUGAUCAUUGCUGGUUCUGCUGUUUUGGGUGACAGAAUCCAAGAAUAUUUGGUUUCGUCCUCCUUGAUUGUCUCGGGUAUCUUGUCAUGCAUUCAGAUCACCCGUUUCCACAUCUACAAAACCCCAUACUACAUUGGUACCGGUUUGCUUUGUGUGGUGGGUACCUCAUUUGCUACCAUCACCAUCGUCACCAACUCCUUGCCUAUUAUGUACAGCAACGGAAUGUGUCCUAUGGUUGACGGUGUGAAGCAGGCUUGUCCUGAUGGUUACGGCCGUAUUCUCGCUACCGGAACGGUUUGUGCCCUUAUUGAAAUCUUGUUGUCCUUCUGCCCAACCCGUGCAUUGCAAAAGGUGUUCCCACCAUUGGUCACAGGUCCAGUGGUGUUGUUGAUCGGUACUCACUUGGUUGAGACCGGAUUCCAGAACUGGAUCGGUGGCUCUGACUGUGUGGGUAAGCUCUGUGGUAAAAAGCAGUUGCCAUACGGAUCUGCUGAGUUUGUUGGUUUGGGUUUCUUAGUGUACGCUACCAUCAUUCUCUCUGAAAAGUUUGGAUCGCCUAUCAUGAAAUCUUGUGCCGUCAUUGUCGGUUUGUUGGUGGGUUGCAUUGUUGCUGCUGCUUGUGGAUACUUCUCUUCCACCGGUAUCUCUGCUGCUCCUGCUGCCACCUUCCCAUGGGUGCACACGUUCAAGUUGCAGAUCUACGGACCAGCAGUAUUACCAUUCUUGGCUGUCUACAUUGUGUUAAUGAUGGAGGCCAUUGGUGACAUCACUGCCACCUCUGAUGUGUCCAGAUUGGAGGUUGAGGGUGAGCUUUACGAGUCCAGAGUCCAAGGUGGUGUUCUUGCUGACGGUAUCAACGGUGUCUUGUCCGGUUUGAUGACCGUCACUCCAAUGUCUACCUUCGCCCAGAAUAACGGUGUCAUUUCCGUCACCAAGUGUGCCAACAGAACCGUGGGUUACUGGUGUGCAUUCUUCUUGAUCAUUAUGGGAGUGUUUGCCAAGUUCGCUGCUGCCAUUGUCUCGAUUCCAAAGGCUGUAUUGGGAGGUAUGACCACUUUCUUGUUCACUUCUGUGGCUGUUUCUGGUAUCAAGAUUAUCUCCACUACGCCUUUCACCAGAAGAGACAGAUUUGUCUUGACCUCGGUGCUUGUUCUUGGUCUUGGUUCUACUUUGGUUCCAACCUGGUUCAGUGGAGUUUUCACUUACUCUGGUGGAAACAGAUCAUUGCAGGGAUUCUUUGAUGCUAUUGUUUUGGUCAUGGAGUCUGGUUUCGCCAUUGCUGGCUUGGUUGGUGUCAUUUUGAACUUGCUUUUACCACAGGUUGACGAUGAAAUUGAGGAGAUCAACGAGCAGGUGUUGGAGGUUGUUGGCUCUGCUGACGAGCACGCAUUGCAGGUCUAUGCAUCAAAGGAGGCCGAGCUCAAGAGAGACGCUGCUUCUUCGUCCACCAAUUGA